AUGACCGUUGGGAGCCCAACAGAUAUGCAUAAAAGAAAAGCAGAAAUGGCUAGGCACUCUGAUGCUUUUAUUGCUUUAUCGGGUGGUUAUGACACACUUGAUGAGCUACUUGAUGUAAUUAGUUGGGCACAACUUGACAUCAACGAUAACCCGGAAGGCUUCAUCAGUCCCAAUGCUCGCCAAAUCAUCUUAUCUGUGCCAACAUCAAUAGAGCUUGUCGAGAAACUUGAGGAAUAUGUUCCUUGUCAUGAAAGGGUUGCUUUGAAGUUGAACUGUGAGACGGAGCAGCAGCUUGGCUACCCUCAACCACAAGAAAUUACGCGGUGA